GUAUGCUAGUUAAACUUAUGUAGGCUUAGUUUAAAUCUUUGUUUGUAUUCCGAAAGUGAUGUUAGAACUAGAAGCCAUACUGAAAUGAAUUGUAGGGGUUGUUUAGUACAUGCUUUAUGUUUUAUACUUCAAGUAUUUUAUUUUGACAAUGUUAAUUCACAAAGUACUCAAAACGAGUCUCAAACUUUGGCUGUUGUGGAACCAACUCUACUUGUUUCUACUCUGGAUGGCUCAUUAUAUGCUGUUAGUCAGUACACUGGGCUGGUUCAUUGGUCCUUCAAAGAAGAACCCGUUUUGAAAAUGUCAUUAGAUGUAACCAAAAGACCAACCUUCCUUCCAAACCCUCAAGAUGGAAGUCUUUAUGUCUAUGGUGUUGUUGAUGGAAGACAAUCGCUCAAGAAGCUCCCAUUCACUAUUCCAGAGUUAGUAGCUGCCUCUCCAUGCCGUAGCACUGAUGGGAUACUGUAUACAGGUAAAAAAGUUGACACUUGGUAUGCUAUAGACCCUCAUACAGGGACCAAGUUUGAAACACUUUCUCAGGAAGAUGCUGACAAUCUUUGCCCUGCUGCUAGUGACAACACAGUUUUCAUUGGUCGAACAGAAUUUCAAAUAACCAUGUAUGAUAGCAAAACAAGGGAGAAGAGAUGGAAUGUAACUUACUAUGAUUAUUCUGCACAUGCCUCAUUGGAAAUGGGAGGUGACUAUGAAUUGUCACAUUUUUCCUCCAGUUCCACUGGGAGAAUCCUAACUUUAGAGAGGGAGAGUGGAAACAUUUUAUGGGACCGGGAUUACGGAACUCCUAUAGUGGCCAUGUUUCUUCUCGAACAAGAAGGACUUAGGCGUCUUCCAUUUCAGGCAGUUUCCGUAGAAACUUUGGAGCACAUGAAUCAGUGGAUUAUGGACUGGAAACUUGACCACCAACAACGAAAAGGACUCAUUCCAACAUUGUACAUUGGUCAACACAAGCAUGGUCUGUAUGCUCUGAAGUCACUAGUAGAUGAGUUAACAGGUGUCAUAACUCUUAGAAAGCUUCAGCCACUACUGUUAGAAGGUCCAGAAACUGAAAACCAGCCUGUUAUUCCUGCAGUCAAACAUAAUACAGAAUAUGUUAAUCGUUUUGAGACACCCGUGUUUGGAAAUUACAUUCCUCUGAAAAUGGAUCCCUCACAGUUUACAGAUGUCUUAAUUUUUGGCCACUAUGAGGUGCCUGAGUAUUCCUUGGCUACUAUUACCCCUCGAUUAAUGAUUGAUGGAAAAACUGAAGGUGACACCAGUUCAAAUCUUAGAAUCCCUCCCAGGAUACCUCACCAGGAAAAAGACCCUGACAUAGGUCCUUACAGUAAGAACAAAGGUGCUGGUAAGACUAAAUCUGACAAAUAUAUUCCACCUCCUUUUGAUAUUAAACACAAAAAAACAAAACACCACCAUGACGGAACAACUUCAGCCUCGACAAUAUCAACAACCCUGUCAAAGGUCAGCAAAAUUUGGAAAGAAGCUUCAGUAGAGAACUUGUCUAAUUUCUGGAUGUUGGUGAUCAUUCUUUUAGUGGUUUUUGUUGCCUAUCUGUAUCCACAGGCAAAAGAAUAUCAAAGGUCAUCCAGUAAUGGUUUGCAGCUGCGACCAAUAUACUCACACCAGUUGCAAGAAAAUGAGGAUGGUAUGGUGCAAGUUGGAAAGAUAAAUUUUUCUCCACUUCAAGUUCUUGGUCACGGAUGUGAGGGGACAUUUGUUUACAGAGGAAAUUUUGAUGGUAGACAAGUGGCCGUGAAACGAAUCUUACCCGAAUGCUUCAAUUUUGCUGAUAGAGAAGUGAACUUGCUAAGAGAAUCUGAUGAGCACCCUAAUGUUAUUCGUUAUUUCUGCAUGGAAGAAGACAAGCAGUUUCGUUACAUUGCUUUGGAGUUAUGUUCUGCAACACUCUCUGAGUAUGUAGAAAAAUCAGGAUUUGAUAGGAGAAACCUUAUGCCUACAAUGCUUCUUUACCAAGCUUCAUCUGGUCUAGCACACCUUCAUUCACUAGAUAUUGUUCAUCGUGAUGUUAAACCUCAUAAUGUGUUGAUAUCUAUGCCCAAUUCAAAAGGAGAAAUCAAAGCUAUGAUUUCAGAUUUUGGGUUAUGUAAAAAGCUAGCACAGGGACGUAUGUCUUUCUCCAGGAGAUCUGGAGCAACUGGAACAGAAGGUUGGAUUGCUCCAGAAAUUUUAACCGGAGAGAAACGCACUACUUGUGCAGUGGAUAUCUUCUCUCUCGGAUGUGUCUUCUACUAUGUGUUAUCCUCUGGAAAACACCCAUUUGGUGAUUCUCUCAGAAGACAGGCUAAUAUACUUAGUGGAGAAUAUAACUUGAGUGAGAUUAGCAGAGAUGAACACGUUGUACCUCGCACUCUUGUAGAACAGAUGCUAAAAAGUGAUCCAAAUGAAAGACCAUCCAUCCAGGCAGUCAUUAAACAUCCAAUAUUUUGGUGCAAAACAAAGCAACUUGCAUUCUUUCAGGAUGUCAGUGACCGUAUAGAGAAAGAACCCACUGACAGCCCUGUUGUCAUGUGUUUAGAACGUGGAGGAUUGGAAGUGGUGAAAGGAGACUGGAGAGAACACAUAACUUCAGAACUACAAGCUGAUUUGAUGCGUUUUCGUACUUACAAAGGUCACUCGGUGAGAGACUUAAUGAGGGCAAUGAGAAAUAAGAAACACCAUUAUCGAGAACUUUCAAAAGAGCUGCAGACAUCUUUGGGGUCUAUUCCAGAGCAUUUUGUGGAUUAUUUCACAUCUCGUUUCCCUCGACUCCUUAUUCAUUCCUACUUAUCUCUACAGUGUUGUAAAGACGAAGCAGUAUUCUCUAAUUACUAUGAUAAAGACAGUUUUUUCCCAUUUUUGGUGGACAAGAACAGCCAAUCUUUCACUCCCGGCUCACCAUGGAAGUGGCGACGAACGUUGAUUAAAAAAUAUGGUGGUAUUGUAGCAGCAGUUGCAGCUGAAAAAACUAUUCGCAACAUUUCUUUGAAUACUGCAAAGAUUGAUGGAGAAGUUCAGUGCAUUAAAGAAUCCAUCCCUAGAACAGACGAAGAACAAAAUAUUGUAGUAAAUCAGUUUGAGGAAAGUGUUGAGUCUGAUGUGGAUUUAAUGACAUGUCCAUCAGAACAGACUGCUCAAAAUGUUGACAGCGAAGCACUGAAUAACCACCUUUUUAGUUCAGAUACCAAAAUCAUUGAUAAUGUGACAACAGGCUUAACUGAGGACUUCAAUAAGGAGUCUGUGAAGAUUAGUAGACCAGAAUUUUACCCUGUUUUCUCCACUCAAGUACAUGUACAGUUUUCACCAGCAGAAAUUAGCUCACUUGCUUCAGAGACAAGAAAUAUUCCAGAAUAUUCUCCCGAGCAGCACGAGAACCUCAGUAAUGGAGUUUCAUCCCAAAAGGUACAAAAGAAGUCCUCCAGGAAAAAAUUAAGGUUGAGGCACAAGUCUUUAAAGAAUGAACAGGUUAAGUCUUAAUUAUUAGGUACUCGUUUGAUAAAACUCCUCUUUCUUAUACUCCAAGCCAAGUUUUUUACAUAUUAACAAAAUGAUAUAAUACAUAAAAUGUUGGACAUUGAUUAUGAAAGAGUAGCAUUUAUUGAUCAUUCACUGUGACAUGGGUAUUGUAUGAUAUACCUAUUCUCAAAAAUCAAAAGUUGAUGACUGACAUUUUUCAUGCCAUGUAUAUUUGUCUUUAUUCACUAAUGUCUCACGUAUAGUAUUAUAAUUAUGAUGGAAAUCUAUUUUUAUAUCUUUACAACUAUUUAGAAUGGUUAUUUAUAGAAGAGCAAUUGUUGUAUGAUAAAUUAUGAAAGUUUUCAGAAGUUAAUGUGAAUAUAAAUCUGUGUGCUGAACUUUUAAGAUAAAUCUGGUAAAAACCUUGAUACCAGAUGUUUAUUCAAUGAUGGUGGGCCUGAGAGAAUGAAAAAGACAUUCACUUUAUGAAAAAAAGUCAGUAUGAUAAUUUAAAUCAUUUAAUUGUCAUUUCUGUAGCUUUAUAUGAAAUAAUACAAAUGAAAAUACAUAAGUAUUUUUGGCAAAAAACAAAUACCAGAUGUUAAAGAUUGAUAACCUUUAUCAUGAUGAGGACUUUUCGUAUACUGCCAAUCUUCUUUUUCUAGUGUGCCUAAUGUAUAUUUUCAGAGAUGAGUAUUAAAACCAUUCUUUAACAAGCCAAAAUUACAAGUGAAAAAAAAAUAUUACAUGCUUUUAAUUGUUUAUUUUCUCUUUAAAGUUAGUUAAAAAACUGUAACAAUUAAUUGAUUAUAUUUAACGAGUCCGUUUUUCAUACUGAAUGUACUUUUUGCAUGCUGGGCCAACACAUUCAAUGAUGAACCAGGUUAAUAACACACGUUGAGCUUGUUGUAACAGAACUUUAAAUGUAGAGAAGAUAGUUGGUGCAUAUCUUGAUGUAUAGAUGCAUCAAAAAAAUAAAAAUGUCUCUCUUCUGAA